CACAGGUAGAUGUAAUUAUUAAUAGGUUUGAGAACUGGAGCUCUUGCAAGGUAACAGAUACACUGCUGCAUUUUCGAGGAAAAGUUGUUCUUCAAAUAGAAAUUGUGUUGAUAUGCACUUGGACUAUUAAUUAUGCGUUUGAUUCAGAAAUGCACAAAGCACCAUUUGUGUGCAAUUUCAGUAAAGUUCACGUGGAAAAGCUGAAUCAUCCAAGCCAUCUGAAUGAUGCACACUAUUCGGUGGUUGUUUUCUUCAGCAGGCAGCUGGUGAUCUCUCUUCCUGUAUUCGGGGCGGGGGAAGAAAAGGAAGACAGGAAGGAGUCUCCGUGGGGGGGGAGCCCUCUUGGUUCAUAUGUGCAAACUUUAUGAUUUUCCUGAGAGAUCUCUAGAUUUGUGCCUUCCCACUAAGCUUUGAAACCAUUCAUGGAAGCUGACAGCAAUGCUCUCGUUCCUUUGCGUCAGAAGACAAAAAAGAAAAGUCAAGGGUUCUUUAUAAUGAGUCGACGGAGGAUAUCGUGUAAAGAGCUGGGGCAAGCCGAUUGCCAAGGAUGGCUCUACAAAAAGAAGGAAAAAGGAGCUUUCAUUGGCAACAAAUGGAAAAAGUUCUGGUGUGUGCUGAAGGAGUCAUCACUGUAUUGGUACAGCAGUCAGCUGGCUGAAAAGGCAGAAGGAUUUAUCAGACUUCCAGACUUCAGUGUGGACCGAGCAAUUGAAUGCAAAAAAAAGCAUGCUAUUAAGAUCAGCCACCCACAGAUCAAGACAUUUUAUUUUGCGGCAGAAAAUGUUCUGGAAAUGAACACGUGGCUAAGUAAGCUGGGGAUGGCUGUAGACCCUCAGGCACCCAAUGGGAAGAAUGAGGAAGAAUGCUACAGCGAAAGUGAACAUGAUGAUCCAGAAAUAACAGACACACCACCUCCCCCCUACACAGUCCAGCCACCACCUCCUCCUUCGCAGGAUCAGCAGAAAUCUUCUUUCACCUCGACUCUGUCAAGUGAAGCAUCUUGUUCUCUCUCCUCUCCUGAAAGCACUUUCAACUCCCAAGAGUCAUCUUCUUCCUUGACAUCCAAAGUGGUUUAUUCCGAGAGGCAGUCCUGGCUUGACCUAGUUAACAGCUCUGCCACAGAAGAGGGUGAUCAGCCUUUAACUUUCUGCGUACAGAUUCAGUCUGAUGAGCCACCAGAAGCAGACUGUGGAGAUGCAGCAGAAAACCAAGAGGGCCAGCUUUCCAGACCCAGUGGUGGAUCCCAAAACUCUUUUUUAGGUCCGGAUACACAUUGUCUAGCUGUGCCAGAUGCAACAGGACAGAGAUCACUAGCCAAAGAUCAGGAAAAAUGUGAUGAUGAUGAGAUGGAGCGACUUUACAAGUCAUUGGAACAAGCAAGCCUGUCUCCCAUUGGUGAUCGUCGGCUGUCAACAAAGAAGGAGCUUAGGAAGUCAUUUAUCAAACGCAGCAAAAACCCCUCCAUUAAUGAGAAACUCCACAAAAUUCGAAUGCUGAACAGCACGUUAAAGUGUAAGGAACAUGACCUGGCCACGAUUAACCAGUUGCUAGAUGACCCAAAGUUGACGGCAAUGAAGUACAGAGAAUGGAGGAACACAAACAUCAUGCUGGUCCAAGAUAUUUAUCAGCAGCAGGAGGUCCAGGACAUGUCCACAGAGAAUAGCGAGGAGCAAGAGAUGACUCCACAGCCUAUUGCUGAAAGUGCUAUCUGAGGCCAUGGUUCAAUGGUUCAUAGCAAGAUUUUUCUCCAUGGGUCUUCACGUACAGGCACUUUAAACUGCUGCAUUUUGAGGUUUGUUUUUUCCAAGUGUUCUGCGAAAGGAAAACAACCCCUUCUCCAAAGCUUUAAUUCCUCUUGCAAAACUCAUGUCAAAAAGGCAAACCCCUCAAAUUAAAAAAGCAUGCCUGAACCUGGGCUGCAUACCUAAGAAGAGUAUUUUAUGAAGCAGCAAAGAAAUGUUUUUCCAUCUUUGGAGAAGUAAAUUAAAUAUGUCCAACUCCUGGAAGUCACAGAACUGUAUAUGUACUGUAUAAAUGUGGGAUCCUUGGGGUUGUUUUAACCAUGUAACUUACUGUUAAAGGAAGCUAAAACAAUGCCAACAGGAUGUAGUCUACUCUUUACCUUUUUACCCUGUAAGGUAACCUGAUGUAUGCAUUUUCGUCUCUACAUUCAUUCACUUCCAUCACUCUACCAGUUUCAACUGAGUCAAUUAGAAUAGUAAUUAUGCAUGAGUUUAUACUACAGACAGCUGUCAGGCACCCUGUUUGUGCUCUGCCUGACGUUUUAUGAGUUUCAAAUUUAUUUAUGGGCCAGACCAAGGUACUGUCUUUCUACAUGAAGAAGCAAAGGUCUCAGUGUUUGCUAGCAUGUAAUUUACUCUUCUGUGAGGCAGCUAAUGCUUCAACAAGUUUCAACUUUUCUUAUGGACUUGGCAGAAUUCCUUGGAAGAUUAUUUUCUUCUUAUUUUUGACGAUUGUAAAUAUAUAAGGUACAAGUUCAUCCCAGAUUCCUACGUAGGAAGAUGAUCAAGUUCACAAGGCAGAAGCUAAAUAAUUAAAUUCCUGAUGUGGACCAGAAAGUGUAAAACAUAGCUGCAAAUAUUUUUGUAAAUAUAUGUCAUUUUAUGGCUUAUAUGAAUGUGACUAUGUACUGUGUAUAUGUUUUAUUUAUAUAUUUAUAUAUGCUGAAUUUCCUAAUGUAGACAGGCACACAUGGACCAGACCCACCUAGCUGAGAGUGCUUACAGGUUGACUUGAAAUGCCUCUUUGUUAUUUGUUCCAUUAUGAAUCACAGUGAUGGCUCUACAACAGAGACUACCCUGGGACAUCUGCUAUAACUUUUUAUUCUGUCUUUCUAGCUUUGAGUUUUAGAUGAAGAAAAUCUAUACAACUUAGGGCAGGAAAAUAAGUUUUCUGGGAAGUUUCAGGACUUCCCUUUGGGCAAACAAAAAUAAGUAUGUUAAGAGGUUUUGCUGCAGGAUCGUGACUUUUUGGCUUCAUUAUGCUCAGUACAAGGUUUGGAGUUUUUGCCUUCCCAUCUUCUGCAUGUGUAUAAAUAUAAGGAACUUUGCAGAGUGCUGAAUUUUGAAAAGCAAGAACUAGCCCAUUGUUCUCAAAUUAAUGCCACUACAGGAACUGUGGCAAUCUACACUUCUGUUGGCUAUUUUGUAAAGAUAUUCUUUGUCAUUAGUUUUCAACACAGUUUUAUCUUUUAAAGCAAAAUACACUAUACAGAUGCAGCCAUAUUCACCUGUCUUUAUACAUGAUAUGUUUUAUCAUAGCUUGACUGAGAAAACAAAAGUUAAUAGUGUUAGUAAGAACAUGUGAAAUCUUUUCCACCUAUGUAGUGAUAAGUCUGACUGUUGAUUUUGCAUUUUUAGCACUCAGCAGCUUUCCUUUUAAAAUAGAGACAUGAAAUUAUGUCCCAAUGUAUCCAAAAAUGGCAGUUAAGGCUGUGUUGAGUGUGAGAACUGAGGAGCAGACGGUAAGCUAUAAAACAGGAAAAUCAUCAUAUGAGCAGUACUAAUUCUAAGUAGAAGUUGCUAGAAAUUAAGAAAGAUCAAUAGCUGGUGCAACUUGGUUUAGAGUAAUUGUGUCUUAAAAAUGGAGCCCAUUUAAAGUUUGGGUUUUUUUGGGUUUUUUUGUUUUUUUGGUUUUUUUUUUUUCACUUUUCACCAUUCCCAGAAGACCCUUGAACAGGCGACACCUGUGAGUGUCCUGCUCCUAACUGAAAUUCCUCAAAGCAGAUGUGUACAUGGGAGAGGGAUAGGCCCUGAAUUUGACAUGAUGUCAAUUAACCGCUGAGAGCACACUGAAAAUUAGGAGUGGAGGGAUUAAUUUGCUUGGUCCAUCUCAAUUUUAACUACCUGGCACUAAAUAAUUGAUAAAAAAAUGGAGGUUAAAUUGCAUGCAUAUUUUCUCUUGCAAGUAAGAGUUUCUCAUGAAACACAGCAUGUAAACACCAUUUUUCUUCAAAAGCAUCUUCACUUAGAUCUUAAAAACAAGCACACGCUUAAGUGGCCUGUUGAACUGGGCCAGAUGAGUUAGUGCCUUGCAAUUUUGAGCAAAGUCCUAGUCAACUCCGUUUGCUGAAGUAGAUUUGCACUACACAAAGGAAAGCACUAUGUGGCCUGCACAUGCUGCGUUGGCUCUUUUCACACUGUGCUUGUAUAAGCAUAUACAAAACAGGUUCCCCAAAUAUAGAGAAAGAGAACUGUCUUCGGACUGCCUAAACUCUACUAUUGGUUUUGACAGAUUAUGUAGCCUAAAAUAGCUUUUAAACUACUCUUUCAGAUGGUCAGUAGAUACUUAUUGUUGAACUAUUGAGGUUUUGGAAACCUGCUGAGGAUGGGCUGUGUCACCCUCUUAGAAAAGAACAGAAAAUUCUUGAAUGAGGUUAUUUUAAUGCAAUUAUUAUUUUAACAAAUUUCUGUGUGUUCAAGAAAACAAAUGUAUGGGUUUUAUGCAAGUGCAGUGCUGGGAGUCUAUCUCCAUUCUCUUCAGCUCCUAUUUAGACCCGAAACAAAUGGAAAGUGUGGGAAAUGUGAAGUGAAAAAUUGGAGUAAACCAGGUUUCAUUUUCCAGCAUUGCUAAUUAAUGUGACAGUUUUCACCUGGUGCUGAGUUCAUCACAUGGGCUGUGCAGCAAUGUGGAAGCCACAGUUGGAGGAAGAAGUGUGCACAAGCUGACAGCUACAACUGGUGGAUGCAGUGGGGAGCCACCUCGGCAGGAGAAACCUGGACAGCUCUCUGCUCAGUGAUACUUGGGGUAAAUGGUAUCUGUUGGUCUGAAUUUGGAAGGCCUGCACUAUUGACUCAUAGCGUAGGGAAACUGCACAUCCCUAGUGAAUCUCCAAAAGUCUUUAACCAUCUGCCUCAUGGGACUUGUUUUAUGUACUUUUUCAGGAGAAACUGUGUGUGCAUGGACAAUUAUUCCUUCAUCAGUAAGCCUUUUGGUAUUGGUGCAGUAAGUCCAGUUAUGCAGAUUUUGGAGUAACUGAUGACAAUAUCUAAUUUCAGCUGUUUCUGUAGUCUGUCUCUGGUGGCUUUUCUGGAAACCAAAUCUCUCUGCUUUGGUGGUGUAGAUGUCACGAGCUACUAGAAUGAGGUGGGAUCACAUUUCCUUUCCUAAGAUGAGAGAGGUUUCAUGUGGAGACUGUGAAUUGUUUCUGCAUCUAGUUCUGAUGAUUUACUCAAAACUGGGUUUCACCUGCAACAGGAAUAAACAGGAAUAAAUAAUGUGCUACAACCUCCCCCUCCUCCCCCCCCAAUACUUUUCUUUUUGGAGGAAACCUUCAUAUUGAGAGAAAAGGCUGCUUUGGGACAGCCAAGGAGGAAGGGGAAGAAAAGAGGUGGCAUUUGAUUUAAAACUAUGUAGAAUUUCAGAAUUUUAAAUUACUUCUAACUAGGAAAAAUUAUGGCCAUGCUGCAUCUGUUGUGUGAGCCUGUAAGCUUACAUGUCUAUUACAGAUUUAAUAUAAAAACUUGUAUUUUUUAACUCUUAAAGUAGCAAGGGAGUCCAUGUAAGCAUACUUCUAUAUGAGGAACUUCAUAUAAUGUGGUUGAAGUUUGGGGUUUGGACUUUUUUGUUGUUUUGCUUUUUUGGUGAUGCAGAAGUGACCAAUUGCAAUGUGGGCCUGGGCUUACUUCAUUUAUGAGAUGUGUCUUUCUGUUAACAGGAAGCCAAAGUGGUUUUCUUGUAGUAGUAGAGCCAGAGACAUAUUUCCUGUUUUAUGUGGGGCAUUUUGAAGCAGCAGACAUUUAAAACGUCAGUCAGAAUUUCCUUGAUGGCUUGAAGAUUUAUCCCAUUUUGGUCUGCUGCCACAUUCUUGCAUUUUUGAAAACUGUCUUUAUUAUUAACUAAAACAAAAAUUGAGGUGAAAAAAGGAAAAGGAGAAACAGAACAGAAAAGCUCUGAGCUAAGAUCAGGCCGAAAUUCUUGUCUCUGUGCGUAAGGGUAAUGGGAGCUAAGCUUGCCAAAAGCUAGGCAUUUCAACACUGAAAAAAGUUUGUCAGGUGUUGAGGAGAGUAUUACAUUCCUUGAAAUUUGCUAUGGGAAAAGUUCCAAGACCUGUCUGCUCUGGAAUAAUGAAUAUUUUUCUGAUUUAUUUCCUCCUGGUAAAAAUCCAAAGGGAGUGGUUUAUAAGCUGGCAGAAAGUUAAAAAUGAAAUAGGCAUGUAAUUCAUUGAUAGCUCAUCACCCUUGAUGUAUUACCUUGAAAUGAUUGACUUUAGAUGACUCAGCCUUUAACACAGAAAAUCCAUUUCUUUGGGAAACCAUUGUAGCAGCCACAGUGCCUGAGGCUUUUGUACCCCAUCUGACCCACAUGAGGUCCAUUUUGAGGAUGUAAGUGUAUGGCAUUUCUACAGGGCAAAUAGUUUACAUCAUCACACCAUAGCAUAGGAACCAUGUGAAUUCUAACACUCCCUGUGUCCUAGAUGCCUUAGGACCUACCCAAAUUAUUCUGAUUCUUGAAGAUGCUUAUGGCAGUUUUACCUUCUCCCACCUAAAAAUGAAGAAAAGAGGAUAUGAAAACAUGUCUCCCACUCUCAUGAGAAGAGAAACUAGCACUAGUCUAGCAAAAAUUCAGGUAAGUCUAUGAAGGUUUAGCAAAAUAACUCACCUGGUGAAAUGCCAUAUGUGCAUACUAAUAGCAGAGCUCUUGUGCAAAGCUUUCAGUGCUGAGGACUGGCCAAAAAGGAGGAAUGGGGGUGUCUGUUCCAUUACCCUCUGUGUAGACAGGGAAAGCCAUGCAUAAAGAAAUAUUUGUAAGGGUAUCUGUUAGGCAGGGACAGGGUCUGCAGCACCAUGGAGGUAUAUGGAAUCCCAGUUUGGUAUUUUAUCUGCUAAGUCUAUUUUUUUUUUUUUUCCACUGGUUUCAAACUCAAAGCACAAUGUUUGCACUCAGCACUGCCUUUUUACUGCUUGUUGCCCACACACGUGACUUGAUUUUAAUGGAAUGAUGCACACAUCUUGCAGAAUGAGAGCCUUAUGUUUGCACUUGUCAAUUAAACACUGAAAUGAGAGAA